AUGGCGUCACCAUGUUGCUACAGCAAGCCUCAACCCCUCUACAGUUUCAUCGAUCCAUCCGGUGUUCAUAAUUCUUGGGACGAUCACUUCUUCACCAGAGUGGGCCCAGCACCCGGCCGCCAAUGGCAGCGCGUAUACUACUCCCAGAUGCCUGACUGGGAGCUGAAGCUUAUGAGAAAGCGAAAUCCAGAAAAGCCCAAAUUCCUUAUUGAGCACAUCAGACGAGAUAAAGGGCACUUAGAAGGCUCCUCACGCGAGAUGGCUUUGCUGGACAAACACCCCCAUCUACUUCCCUUUGUUAAGAGGUGCGAUGUACACGAUCUGCCGGAUAACUCACCAUGGAGCAGCCAGAACUAUGCUCAGAGAGCAAGAGGCCGCUACUGCGUCCACGAGCGUGCUGCUCCUGGUUACCAGCCUGGAGGCCGGCCCCAGGAAGUGGAUAAUAAGACCUCGAAAGGUUUGUGGCUCACACAGCGCAGGCCCUCUGUGUCUUCUGCUUCUCUCAGCCACGGGCGCUCGAACGCCGUGGAUGAGCUGCCAGCAAGGGAGGCGCCUUCCACGCCAGAGGCCAGACUUUCCAACCUGACUAGGAUCGAUUAUACACCUAAAUACAACGGUACCCAACCCAGGAUGCCCGAACGUGCCGUUAUCACCAGCAUCGGCCAAGCGAUCGGAGAUUGGUGGGCGAAGACGACGAGUUCUCUGCUCCGAGAAAACGAACCUCCCGAAUCCAUCGCGUCUCCCCCGGAUCCAAGCCCAAGCCCAAGCUCAAGCUCCAACUUCCUCACCAGAAGCCGCGCCGACCACUACGUCUCUCAGGCGCUCCAGAACCCACCAGACCUACGAGUCCUUCGGGUCCAGCUCCCCACCCAGAUGGAGCAAGACGCUCGCACCUUCGACGCCGACGCGGAACAGCUGCGUCGCAUGUGGCUCCCCGUCGAGCCGCAGCCUCGCGUCGACCCCCGGACGUUCGGCGGCGCCUACAACUUGGCAGGGACGCCAGGAGAUGUAGCCAGGGCCGCACAAGCGCCCCCGCAAACUCGCUCGAGUACCUCCCAUAACUCGCUCAAUUCAUCAUCGGUGCCAAUCCGAGCGCAUGCCGUGUCGGAUAUCGAGCUUGCUGCCUUCCAGGAGUGGCUGCGGCGCUGGAGAGAGGGGGAGAGUUGA